AUCGGUGGGCACAUAACCAUGCGCUGGCCGGGGAGAACACAGUUUGACUGCAUGGUUAUCUCAUUUGGAGAGCUCUCGGGACCCUAUCAAUGGAGGAUAAUCGUGCUACAACUCCAAGGGUGCCCCUCUCCCCACACGCACACAUGUCCAUCCUACAGAAUGCCUACACGCAUAGGCUAAGGGCAGGAUCACCUUGGGCUAACUGGGGGUUUACGCCGGGGAUUUUCGCACCAGCCUCUCUGCGUUCACGCCAAGAGGGAGAUCUUCUCAUUCUCCUCCUCCUUCUCUAUCAGUGGUGGUUUCUACGUUGGGAUUUUUUCUGGUUGGCUCGGAGGGGGAAUUGGUGACUUUCCUCCACUCUGCACGAACCAUCCAUCUUUUGGGCCAUGCUUUAGCCGUUGAACUUGAGGCUUCUACCCAUCACAGUCGCUGUCACUUGAAGUCAUCACAUCCUACCUGCAUUCAAGUCUUUAUUGCUGUCUGUUCCCCUCCGCUUCUCCCCAUCUUUUGUGGGCAUUCGAUCUUCCCUCAAAUUCUUUGCUUUUCGUUUCUUUUCCUCUUUGCUUUAUUAUUAAUCUUCCCUUUUUUCUAGUUUUUUUUUUUUUUUCUAUUUUUUUUUU